GUCAUGUACAUAAUCCAAACCAAGGGGUCUCCGCGUGACGUGACGGAAGUCAGUGGCCUGGUGGAGUUCUAUGAGGAGGAAACCAUCUAUUCGGCGCGUGAUGACCUCAUUCGAGAUGCUGGUGAGCACAGGAUUGUGGACAUGGACAUCUUGUGCCAUGUCCUUGAGGACCUGCUUUCGAAGUUGGACGCCUUCUUGCAUGACCAGAAGGACAAAGAGAAGGACUUGAACGUGGACAAAACCAUUGCCAUGAUUGAAAAGUGCUCCUCUGUCCCAUCUGUCAUACGUGGGCUGGAGGCUUCCUCGCAAGAUGGAGCUCAGCAGCUGAAGAAUGAGCUGCAGGAAACAGUUGGCAGGAUUCAAAGCUUUCUGUCUGAUUGCAAGUGGGGCACAUUCAACUUCACAGAGAUGCUGGACAACAUGUGCCACGGAACCGUUGAGGUCAAGAUCAAUGAGACAGAGAUGGCAGCCAUGAAGGCAGCAGUCAUUGAAGGGGCCGUGGCCAGCCGACUCUUCACAGCAGAUGACACCACCAAGGGCAAAGCCAUCCAAACGAUACUCUUGCAGUCCUUUGUGGAGUACCACAGCCUUUGCCCUGAACAGGAGGACCCCCCCUUUGACGCAGCGUGCUCUCUCUUCGCAAACAUGAGCACUCAGUUGACUUCGAAGGCCGUGAUUGCAUUGAACCCAGACUGGCUUGCUUCUGCACAAUCAGCCUGCAAGCGACUGCAGGAUGCAACGGUCAAGUGUGGGAAGUCUUGGGCUUCAAGUGCUUGGCAAUCCGGUGGUCCAGACGAGGUUUGUGAGAGAUGCAAGUUUGUGCCUGGUGAGUUGCAGCCCAUAUUGAACCUGGCCAAAAAUCACCACAUCCUUGAGGAUUUGAAGCCAAUCGACGACCCACCACUCUCAGACCUGGACAAAGAGCUGCCACAUCUGAUGCGUCCAGUGAAGAAGUGGAUGUCAGUGUUGUCCCUGCAGACGGGCAUGAUUGAAGAGUUCUAUGCUGCAGAGAUUGUCCAGAACGUGAAGGAUUUCCAUGCGUCAGUUGUGAAUGCCAUUGAAAAGGUGAUUGGCAUGAGCUUGGACCACUUCAUUAAGGUGAAACCACUGUUGGAGAGGCUCAGGCCCGUGCUGACAGCAGUGGAGACAUGGGAGCUGGAUGUCAUCAACCCAUUGUUGGCUGAUCAGCAAACGUUGGAGAAGCAUGUUGAGAACAUUCUUGACUGGCGCCGUGACAGCCAGAUUGUCGAGGAGUUCUUGCGCACCUUGACCAACAUCCAGAAAUUUGAUGGCUGGAAAGAUGAUCCCCUCCGAGGAAGUAUCAUCAAGACUAUGACGACCUUGGAGGACUGGACUGAGCAAAAGCUUGUGGCAUCAG